GACAGAAGCUGGGGUUGGGGGGCGGGACCGGACAGAGCCCGGAUGCACCCGGAAGGAGGCGUCCCGGCGGCCGUGCUGCCCCUCCCCUGAUCUCGUGCUCCUGGGGCCGGGCUGGGGCGCUGCGAGGGCCCGGCAGGCUGGAGGCCAAGCAUGGGGAAGAGUUGCAAGGUGGUCGUGUGUGGCCAGGCCUCUGUGGGCAAGACGUCGAUCCUGGAGCAGCUCCUGUACGGGAACCAUGUAGUGGGCUCUGAGAUGCUCGAGACCCAGGAGGACAUCUACGUGGGCUCCAUCGAGACCGACCGGGGGGUGCGGGAGCAGGUGCGCUUCUACGACACCCGGGGGCUCCGGGACGGGGCGGAGCUGCCCCGGCACUGCUUCUCCUGCACCGACGGCUACGUCCUGGUCUACAGCACCGACAGCCGCGAGUCCUUCCAGCGCGUGGAGCUGCUCAAGAAGGAGAUCGACAAGUCCAAGGACAAGAAGGAGGUCACCAUCGUGGUCCUCGGCAACAAGUGCGACCUGCAGGAGCAGCGUAGGGUGGACCCGGACGUGGCGCAGCACUGGGCCAAGUCGGAGAAGGUGAAGCUGUGGGAGGUGUCGGUGGCGGACCGCCGCUCCCUCCUGGAGCCCUUCGUCUACCUGGCCAGCAAGAUGACCCAGCCCCAGAGCAAGUCUGCCUUCCCCCUCAGCCGCAAGAACAAGGGCAGCGGCUCCCUGGACGGCUGAAGAGCCGCCGUCUGUCUUCGCCUUCCCGGCCCCGGCCCGGCUCCCGGGCUCUGGAAGAUGGGCUGAGGGGAGAGGGGAACUCUCUCGGCCCAGGCUCAGGCCGCUCUGGCUCCCUCCUAACUCCGGGAAGUGCACAUAAUCUAGGUUAGCGCCCCCCAACCUCUCCCUCCACCCCAGCUUCCAUCGUAUCUGCCCCUCUGGGGACCGGGGGCAGAUGUGGGUCCGGGUCCCUUCCACCUGCCCUGGUCGGGAAGCAGAGCUACCACCAUGGAAGUGCCACGUCUGGGGUCUGGUUCUGAUCACGGGUCCCACGCUUCUGGGCUUCUGCUACUCACACACACACACACACACACACACACGCACACGGCACCAGCCUGGACUCCAGGGAUAGGGCGUCCAGGUAUCGCGUAUGCGUGUGCCUGUUGGCGUUAGGGGUGCCUCCUCACCUCACCCAGCACCCUGGCCUUUUCCCCUGUCUGCACCUUGGCUGGAAGAAGCCAGCUUCCUGGGAAGUGUGAUUUUCAACUUGACCUCCCGCCCCAAUUGUUUUCACUUCCUCUUCCUGCUUCAUCGGUCGAGGUGGAAGGGAAUGGUGACUGGGCUGAGUCACUGAGGGGCUUUGUUACCCAGCAAAGUUUUUUUUCUCUCUCUCUGAGCUUUAGUUUUCUUAUCUGCACAGCGACAGGGGCUGCUUCGAUGGCCUUCUAGGUCCUCUCCAGCCCUGUGGUUUCAGAAUGCCCCUGGCUUCCGGCCGGCUGACUGUCCCCUUCCUUCUCCCUCUUUCAAGGUGCUAUGCCUACCGGCCCCGGAGGCUGGGACACUGCCCUCUGGCAACCACCAGGGGGCAGGAGUGCACUAUCUACUCCAGUUGCCAGACUGGCUGCUUUAGUGCCCCUUGGGGAGCCUCACACCCCUGGGGCUGGUCUUCACGCCUUCCUGU